UGAUGAUGCAUAUUUAUGUUCUUUUCAGACUGGAGGAAAGAAUUUUUCCAGGCUGCAAAUGUUAUUCUAGAUCCAGUCACAGCCCAUCCUGCACUCAUCUUGUCUGAAGAGAACAGAUGUGUAAGCUGUGGAAAGAAGACUCAAGAUCUGCCUAAGGACCCACAGAGAUUUAAUUCCAUUCCCUGUGUUCUAGGACACCCAGUCAUCACCUCAGGGAGGUGUUACUGGGAAGUAGACAUCAGAGAUAGUGGAGCCUGGGACCUGGGAAUAUGCAGGAAUAACGUAAUGAGGCAGGGGAGGAUUUGUAUAAAACCUGAGGAUGGUUUCUGGGCCAUCAGGUUUUAUAAAGAUGAGUACUGGGCACUCACUUCUCCAGAAAUGCAGCUUACUGUAAGAGAGCACCCUACCAGAAUGUGUAUUUUCUUAGAAUACGAGGAUGGACGUAUCUCAUUCUACAAUAUGACAGAUAAAUCCCACAUUCACACCUUCUCUCAAGGUUCCUUUAAUGGGUCUGUAAGGCCUUUUUUCAGGCUUUGGCUCAAUGAUUCAAAACAUUUGACCAUCUGUCCAGUGCCUGAAGCAUAGCCCUUACUGUGGUCCCUCCCUUAUAUUAGCAGCAUCCUAAGACCUUCAGGUCAGUCUGGAUUGAAGUACGAAGACAUGACAUGAAUUCUCCUAUACCAGAAACAAAUUAUUUUUUCUUGUCCUUUUCUUUGAUUCUCCCUAACAUUUUAUCUCCUUCAUCAAUGACUCCUCAAAGGCAUGGUGCAGCAUGGAAA